UUUGCGGUCCGUGCAGACACACAAGAGAAACUGUGGACCUUUUAAUAACAAAUUCCUGAGUAUUUGACCACUACAUUUUUAUCUGUCAAUAUGGUUGAUGCAUUCUGUGCAACCUGGAAACUGGUUGACAGCCAGAAUUUUGAUGAGUACAUGAAGGCACUGGGUGUUGGCUUUGCCACCAGGCAAGUAGGCAAUGUUACUAAACCAACAAUUAUCAUCAGCCAGGAGGGGGAUAAAGUUUCUGUUAAGACACAGAGUACCUUCAAAAAUACAGAGAUUUCUUUUAAACUGGGAGAGGAGUUUGAUGAAACCACAGCGGAUGACAGACAUGUGAAGUCUACUGUAACUUUGGAAGGAGACAAACUUGUUCAUGUUCAGAGGUGGGAUGGCAAGGAGACUAAGUUUGUUAGAGAAAUCCAUGAUGGUAAAUUGACUAUGACCUUGACUUUUGAGGGGGUCGAGGCUGUCCGCACAUAUGAAAAGGCAUAAUGUCAAACUGUUGGAUGUUUCAGGGUGACCCUGGAAACUUGUCAAAUUUAAAAGGGCAUUUUUACUUCAUAUUUUUAACUUUAAAGAUUUCCCCUUUUUAAGAACGCGUGACAUUUUUUCUAAGACCUUUUAUAUGAAAUACACAUCGUGAAGUUUUUUUUGAAUGCUGCAGAUGUUGGUGAAAUGUAUAAUUGAAGCUUGCCUUUGUGUCAAACUGAAUAAAAUACUUGGUUUACUUGGUCAAAUACA